AUGACGGAACAAAUUUUUCAUUUGAAUUCAUCUUUGAGUGAUGCUAGUUUUACCUUAUCUUGCGAGAAUAUUCUUUCGAAACUCGUUCGCCCCGAUCAAGCAAUAAUUGAUUGGAUUCUCAAACAUGACACUCGUGACAAAGCAGAAAUUGUGCUACCUGAUGGACAAAAGUUCCUAUGGUAUUUUGCUAUCGGUAGUAUGAUUAACCCUGUUUCACUUUUUCUUCGCGAUAUAAUACCGUUAAUUUCCUAUCCAGCAAAAUGUCCUGAUCAUAAAAUUGUUUUCCGAGCAUCCGGCGGAAUGGCUGAUAUUGAACAUUACUCGGGAAGUGAACUUCAUGGAGUUGUUCAUCUUCUUUCCGAUGAGCAAAUGAGUCGUUUAGAUGCAAUAGAGCUUAGUUAUCAUCGAAUUGUUACUGAUUCAAUUAAUUAUCAAGAACAAAAUCAUCUAGUUUAUAUUUAUAAAAUGAAUAUAGAUAAUCAAUCUACUGGUCUUCCAAGUGAACGCUAUAUAGAUAUUAUAGUGAAAGGUUGUGAAUACUAUAAAGUUCAACCAGAAUAUAUAAAUCAACUUAAAUAUGAACAAGCAGUGAUACCUCGAAAACAGCCUCAUACGCUUCAAUCAUUUACAAUUAUGCCAGACAAUCUAUUGUACUCUGAAGAAGAAUUAGCACGACAUGAUGGAACUGAUCCUACAUUACCAUUAUGGAUAAGUGUUAAUGGAAAACUCUUGGAAUAUAGUGGACUACCGCCGAUUGAUCAUCCUGAGUAUGAACUUCAAAAACGACUUUAUGAAUUUAUCAAGUCAAAACUUGGUGGACGUGAAGUAACAUACGUUUUGGCUAGAACAUUAUAUGAACCAUUAUAUAAAAUACCAAUGCAUGAAAACGAUUUAUCUAUAGAACAUCGAGCACUGAUUGAAGACGAUUUUUAUUGCAAAAUAAACAAUGGGCAAAGCUAUUGGAAGCUAAUAGGGCGUCUUCGUGUAUCUAAUAGUCCAUUAUAA